AUGAACGUGAGCAGGCUACGGACCGAACACAUCUUGUUCAGCCUGAUGACCACUCGCUCGCCUUAUACUAAUGGUGUUUCUCGCAAACUCGUUCUCGCUUUUGAUGUGGGCACCACAUACAGCGGGAUAUCAUACAGUAUCCUCGACCCAGGGCUGGUGCCCGAAAUCCUGGGUGUAACACGGUUCCCAGCCCAAGAGCAAGUGGGUGGUGAUUCGAAGAUACCCACCAUUAUCUACUACGACCAGGCUGGUUCGGUCUGCGCCACGGGGGCGGAGGCCGUUCGAGAGGGAAUCGAUGAUAUGGCUGAGGAUGGACAAUGGAUCAAAGCGGAAUGGUUUAAACUACAUCUCCGCCCAAAAACUCAGUCAGCCCUCCAUGUCAGCAAUAAAAUUCCAUUGCUUCCCCGCAACAAAACGGCGGUGGACGUCUUUGCAGAUUUUUUGCGUUAUCUGUAUCAAUGCACUCGCACCUAUAUUCAAGAUACACACGCUUUCGGAAACGAGCUUUGGCGGUCUCUCUCAGCGACAGCUGACUUUGUUCUCACCCAUCCCAACGGAUGGGAGGGUGCCCAGCAAAGUCAAAUGCGCAAAGCAGCUGUGAUGGCAGGCCUUAUUUCCGAUACCGAGGACGGACAUGCUCGCCUCUCCUUCGUUACAGAAGGCGAAGCCAGCCUUCACUUCUGCGUACAGAGUGGCCUAACAGCUAGUGUGAUGAAGGAAGAGAAGGGCGUGUUGAUAAUAGAUGCGGGAGGUGGAACAAUCGAUAUUAGCGCUUAUCGUCGCACGUCCCCCGCCACAAGCCAGUCUUUCGAAGAGAUUGCUGCCCCACAAUGCCACUUCCAUGGUUCUAUUUUCGUCACCAACCGUGCAUCCGACUUCCUUAAAGAAUUACUCAAGAACUCGAAAUUUUCUGAUGAUAUUCAACACAUUACCAGGUGUUUCGACAAGACGACGAAGUUAAGGUUCAGGGAUGUCAACGAGCCCCAGUACAUCAAAUUUGGCUCUGCUCGCGACAAGGAUCUCAAGCUCAACAUCCGGUCUGGCCAACUCAAGAUACUCGGGUCUGAUGUUGCGUCGUUCUUCGAUCCGUCCGUGCAAUGCAUUUUGAAGGCUGUCGAGGAACAGCGCAAUGCUUCCCAUGAUGACAUAUCGUGCAUCUUCUUGGUUGGUGGUUUUGCGGCAAGCGAUUGGUUGUUCUCAAGGCUAAAAAAUGCAUUGGAACCUCGUGGUUUGAGCGUCUGUCGCCCCGAUAGACACGUAAAUAAGGCAGUCGCGGAUGGUGCUAUAUCCUUCUACCUCGAUCAUUUCGUUUCUGCUAGGGUUUCCAAAUUCUCAUACGGCAUAACUUGUGCGACAGUGUUCGAUCCCUCAGACAUAGAACACAUCCGCCGGAGCUCAAGCAUGUAUUUCGCCCUAUCAGGAAUACCCAGAAUUUCCGGGGCAUUCAGUUGCAUCCUUCCCAAGAAUGUUAAAGUUUCGGAAACGAAGGAAUUUCGUGAGAGCUACUUACGCAUGGCCUUCGACAAGCACACCCUGAAAAGCGUAUCCGUGGAAAUCUUGUGCUUCCGAGGCCAGCGUGAGAAUCCUCGCUGGAUGGACGUUGACCCAGAGAUGUACUCGACACUCUGUGCAGUUCAAGCAGAUACAUCACUUUUGAGCGCAUCACUUAAGCCACAAUGGACCCGCCUUGAGGAAGUUAUCGGGCUUCCGCGAUCUCAAUACUACAAGAUGGAAUUCGACAUUAUAUUGUCCUUCGGUCUCACAGAGUUGAAGGCUCAAGUGUGUUGGGAAGAAAAUGGAGUGGAAAAAAGGAGUGCGGCCAAAAUUGUCUACGAUCCAGUACCCUUGUGCCGUGCAACGGAAUCGGAGCUUGGAGGCGGGGCUGGCUAG